AUGUCCACUACUCUGGGCUCGUUUAUAGCAGGCGGUAUCGCAGCAUGCGGCGCCGUCACCGUUACUCAUAGCUUCGAGACCGUAAAGAUCCGGUUACAGUUACAGGGCGAACUGCAGGCAAGAAAAGAUGCGCCGAAGCUGUAUCGCGGCGUCUUGCACGGCGUUGCGACAAUCCUGAAGAACGAGGGUCCCAAAGGCUUGUUCCGCGGUCUCUCAUGCGCCUACAUCUACCAAAUGACCCUUAACGGUUGCCGUCUCGGUUUCUACGAACCCAUCCGCGGCACUCUGACCAAGCUCCUCUACCACGAUGCAAAUGUUCAGUCAUUUGGCCUCAACAUCUUCUCCGGCGCUACUUCCGGCAUCUUGGGCGCUGCCGCCGGUUCGCCUUUCUUCCUCGUCAAGACUCGUCUUCAGUCCUUCUCACCUUUUCUUCCGGUCGGAACCCAGCACCACUAUAAGAACGCGUGGGAUGGUAUGAGACAAAUCUACACGGGUGAGGGCGUGAAGGGCCUCUACCGCGGCGUGGGCCCUGCCAUGGUCCGCACCGGUUUCGGCAGUUCAGUCCAGCUUCCCACGUACUUUUUCGCGAAGAGGCGGCUUGUCAAGCAUUUGGGCAUGGAAGAAGGUCCGGCUUUGCAUUUGGCCAGCAGCACCGCGUCAGGAUUCGUCGUUUGCUGCGUUAUGCAUCCUCCCGACACGGUCAUGAGCCGCAUGUACAACCAGACCGGCAACCUGUACAACAGCGCAUUUGACUGCUUGUUCCGUACUGUCAAGACUGAGGGCUUCCUGGCAGUCUACAAGGGCUUCUUUGCUCACUUGGCAAGGAUAUUGCCCCAUACUAUCCUCACUCUCAGCUUAGCGGAACAGACCAACAAGCUCAUGCGGAAGGUUGAGAACCGCUACUUCCUUAAGACCGAGGAGAUUUAA